CGGAAGAGAUUAUUUCGCUGGCCUCAGAGUGACAAAACGUAACAAAGCAACGGUUUUACUAACACUAACCGUACUCCAAACACCAACUCUAACCCUAACCCUAAUCGUUACCCUAACCCUAACCUAACCCUACUCCAAAUUUGUUUCUAAACCAAUCUUGAAGAAAAAAGUUUUGACGAAAUGUCAUUCUGAGGUCAGCGAAAUAGUUAAUACCGUCCCAUACGAUACCUUAAAUACUUUUUAUGUACCCUUAUGUUCUGUGGAGUCCCGGCAACGCCGUGAUGUACCGUAAUGUACUACAAUUCUACAAAACGUGAAGGGAACUAUAUUUUUAUUUCACGUGUGAUAAAAACUAUGUUUAAAAGUCAAUAAAAGAUAUAAAUAAAAAGUUCAAUAUUGUAUGAAAACACUAGGAAAUGUACACGCAAGCCGAGGAAUUCGUUGAGGCGGAGGUAUGGAUAUAAAUAUAUAUUUUUGGGUCACUAUUAAAUUAUAUAUCAGAAUUGUUGACUUUGUUAAAAUUUAUAUUAUCAUGGCUGAUUUUAUUUAUGUUGUAUGAUAUAGCUAGAGUCUGGUGCAAUCGCAGGGGUAUAUGGAUAUCCUGGUGAUGACUAUGAUUCACAUUAUCAGGAUGCAGGUUUGUUAUAAAAACUAUUUACAGACAUGGGGUUCAGGGGUUGGAGAAAUAUUUGACCAACCAGAUGUUGUCUACAUGAUGUUCAAUUUUUCCAGAUUUGAAUCAAGACUCUCAUGCCGAAAGUUAUGUCGUAGAAGAAGUUAAAAAUUUCAUCAAGUAUUUUCAGAAACACAUCCAUGAGCAGGUACUGAAAAUAUUAGUUGUAUAAGUAUUGUACAUUAAUUUUGUUAAACCCAUUAAGUGCCAGCACUCUCCCCUUGACAAGUAAAAUCUUAUGGUGUUAGGCAGAGUAAAAUAAUAAAGUGGGGCGCAUCGGCGACUCAAUGGCUUAACUAGACACCUGAGUAGGUAGGCCAGUUAACACAUUAAGUACCAGCGCUUGACAAGUAAAAUCAUCUGGUGUUAGGCAGAGUAAAAUAAUAAAGUGGGGUGCAUCAGGGACUCAAUGGGUUAACUAGAACCUGAGCAGAUAGGCCAGUUAACACAUUAAGUGCCAGCGCUCUCCCCUUGACGAGUAAAAUCGUCAGGCGUUAGACAGAGUAAAAUAAUAAAGUGGGGCGCAUCAGAGUGCAAUGCGACUCAAUGGGUUAAUACACCCUUCCAGAAAGAUGUCAUUUUGGCAAUAGAACCUUGUUUCCAUGUAUGUGAGAUUAGUUAAAUUUAAGCAUCUCAAUCACUAAAAUGUCGGCUCUGUAGCCAAAGUGACAUAUUUUUUAGAAGCGUGUAUUGUUGGUUAGCUAGGAAGGAUAAAAACAUGAAGUGUGAUAGUCAAGGAUUUUUUGAAAUUUUCUUCAACAGAAUGUUCGAGAAAUACAUGCCAUGUAUGAAAGUGGGUAAGAUGAAAUUAAAAUGUAUAUUUGUAUUUUUUGCACCCCUAGGAAACAUUCUAUCAAUGCACUUUGUGUAAACGUUGCAUGUAUUCAUCCCUGGAAGAGUUCCAUCAAUGCACCCCCUGGAAAUGUUACAUCAAUGAACCACACCCCCUGAAAAUGUUAGAUCAAAGUUACCGUACAUCAAUGCACUCUAUGGCAAAGUUCUAACCCCCCCCCUGGGAAAUCAAUGCACCCCAUUGGAAAAUUAAUGCAUCACCUUAAUUUUCAACACCAUCUAUUAUAGCAUUUCUCACGUCUGAUUUUGGGCCAUUUUUGGGGUACUGUCUCUCCCACGUUUGAGAGUCUCCACACCAGGAGGUAUUGCAGUUGUUUGUAUAAUGGUAAAUUUACAGUUACAACUUUUAAAAAUCGCUUUUCUCACGUUGUUUGAAUUGUCUAGAAUCUUUCACGAGGGCAGACAGUCCCCAAAAAUGGCAGAUUUUAGCCUUUGUGAGAACGGCUAAUUGCUUCAACCCCCUUACUAAACAUUUUAUGAUAUGAUUGCAUAGAUUUACACGGCUGAGUGACGAAAAGUUCCCUAAGGCACCCUGGCCCGAAGCUGACCAGAUCGCACCUAUUGUGGGCGAUGGUAUGUCCUUAUUAUGAACUUAAUGUUUUGAAUAUAUUGGUUAGUUUAAUUAUUGUUAUUACAUUUUUAGAUCCACUUUUCCUGACACUUUAUAAGGAGUUAUGCUUCAGACAUGUUUAUGCAAAAUUAAAGGUUGAAAUCUUUCGUUCUUAUUACUAACAAUUAAUAUGCGCUAAACAUAGUAACAAAUUUGCAAUGCAGAAUUGAUGUAUGCAUGGUACUGUAUAUUGAUGAAAUUUUAUUUUAUUUUUUUCAGCCAACAAUCGAACAAAGGAUUGAUUCUUAUUAUAAUUAUUGUGAUCUUUUUAACUAUAUACUAAGUAGGUCAUUUCUAUUCUAUAUGUAUGGUGAUUGAUUUUUUAAAGGACAUUGACAAUAAAAAAUAGUUUGUCUCAUUCAAAAGAACUCUUAAGUACUAUUUAAAACAUGAACAGCAGUUGUUUAUCAGAUAUAAACAUACAAGGCUAAGCCGAGUAUCUUUAGGUCUGAUAAAACACACACUAAAACUUUUUGAAACACACCAAACUUUUUUUGAAACACGCCAAACUUUUUUUACUUCAAAAUUAAUUUGAUGUACUGUUAGUAGAUCUAUUAACUUGUACUUAUUUAUUAACAUCACAUUUCUAGACACAGAUGAACCUGUCCCACUUGUGUUGCCCAACCAAUGGCUCUGGGAUAUUAUUGAUGAAUUUAUAUACCAGGUAUGCAUUAAAUCUCUUCAUUUUGAGUCUUUUUGACAUUAUUAAUCAUGGUUCAAAAUUUUCUCUGAUUUUCUGUUAUAUUUUUUAUCAAGUUUCAAUCGUUCAGUUUGUUCCGCUACAAGUUUGGUAAACUGGGCAUGGAUCAGAUCCAACUGCUGAAAGAAAAUCCAAAGGUAAACCCUGUACAAUAGGGACAAGUUGUACAAAGGCCAGAUAUAUAGUGAUUUUUUUGAACUGUCACCCUGUACAAUAGGGACAAGUUGUACAAAGGCCAGAUAUAUAGUGAUUUUUUUGAACUGUCACCCUGUACAAUCGGGACAAGUUGUACAAAGGCCAGAUAUAUAGUGAUUUUUUUGAACUGUCACCCUGUACAAAAGGGGCAAAGGUGUACAAAGGCCAGAUAUAUAGUGAUUGUCUAAAAUUGACCAUUGAAUUACAUAAGCAAGAUUAAAGUUUGUAAAGUCGAAAGAUAAAUUUUUCAUUAAAUCUUGUGCUUUUCAGAUCUGGAAUGUCCAUAGUGUGUUAAAUGUUCUUCACUCGCUUGUUGACAAGUCAAGAAUUUAUGAACAGGUACUAUCAUGUCUGAUUUAGUUCACACAAAUACUCUAUUGCCUUUCACCUCUGAGAUGGUGGGUUCGAUUCUCUCUAUGUAUUCAUAGGCGUAAAAAAAAUACCUGUGGUUCCAGUUUCAUAUCGUGAAAAAAUUAGGGUCGGUAGGUCGGAAAUAAAUUUUUUUUUUGAAUAUUUUUUUCAUGGUUUUAGCGGUUUUUUGCUGGGCGAUUUGCAGUAGAGUCCUGACAUCAAUAUUAACUAGAGAUGCGUAUUUCCUAUGGACGAAGUUAGGCAAUUUCAUUCAAUAAUUAGUGUGACAACAGACGCCAUUUUGGCACGCUGUAUGAGCAGCCCGCAACCACCUGGAGAAAAUAAGUUUGUACGGUCAAUCGCGCUGAAAAAAUAAUAGGGUCGGCAGAAAAAAAAUAGGGUCGGUCAGGAACCGGAACCACAGGUAUUUUUUUUUUACGCCGUAUGAAUUAAAAGAGUCAGCCAACGGCAAAAGUUGUGGGUUUUCUCCGGGUGCUCCGGUUUCCUCCCACAGGGAAAGUUGACAGGGUGGGUUAGGAUGAACACAGUUAAGAAACUAAUAUCACAAUUGUUGUAAAGAUAAAAUAGUCUACACGGCAAAAAACGCCGAGCCCGUUGCUCAACAGGACUGAACAAUGUUUUGCUGCCUACGUUGUUCAUAGCUGUCAACAAUAUUGAACAAUAUUGUUGAGCCUGAAUCGGGUGUAACAAUAUUGUUCGAUAUUGUUGACAGCUAUGAACAAUGUGGGCAGCAAAACAUUGUUCAAUCCUGUUUUCAUCAGUAUUGCAUCAACUUGAGCGUUUUUUACCGUGUAGGCUAAGCAUGUGAAAAGGUAAGCUUAUAAUACUUGAUGUAAAGCGCAUGUAAAUUAUCGCGCAUUAAAUUUGCGCGAUAGAAAAAAUUUUAAUUUUAAACCAUGAAAGAUUUGGGACAUUAUUUUCAACAUUUCAGUUAGAGGAAUAUCGUACAGGUGGUGAUCCAGACACCGUCGCAGGGCAGUUUGGUAUUCGACCACUGUACAAAAUGUUGGGCUACUUCAGUCUGAUUGGUUUACUACGACUACACUCAUUGCUGGGCGAUUACUCUAUGGCAUUGAAAGUUCUCGGAAAUAUUGAACUCAAUCGCAAGGUUUGUGUGGACAAAUUUUAUAAUUUGAUUAGGUGUUCAGUUCUAUGUGGCCAUCCACUAAAAGCACUCCUUUGUCUUUUAAUUUCAGAGCAUGUAUUCGCGAGUUCCAGCUUGUCAAAUCACAACAUAUUACUAUGUGGGUUUUGCGUAUCUGAUGAUGAGACGAUAUCAAGUAAGGAUUAACAAACGAACCAACAGAACCUGGAGACAAAAAUUUCCUGCAGACCAACGGAGUAUUUUUGUGCUGAAUCUGCAUCAUGUGCAUAAACAUAUAGUGUUCUAGCUGAUCAUGGUUUUAAAUUCAAGGAAUAGUGUCUGUCAAGCAAAUGUUGUUGCGCCCAUAGUGGGACAUGGGUGUUAAGGUUUCCUUCAAAUUUUCAAUAGCAAAUCUUCCUUCAAACGAAUUUCCUGCAGAUGUUUAACAUUUCCUGCAAGCAGUGCUCCGCCUAUUUUUUCCACCCCUGAAUCUGACUUCAUUUCUUUGUCCAGGAUGCGAUUCGAAGUUUCUGUAAUAUUCUUCUGUACAUUCAACGUGCCAAGCCGAUGAUUCAGAAUCGAGCUUAUCAAAUCGACGCUGUAAGUAUACACACGUAAAAAUGCACACGUUGUAACAAACCUGCAGCAGACUUGUAGCAUAAUGCUGUUCCAACAACUUAUCAACAGGAUGUGUUCGCACUGCUUGUUCCCAGCUUGUUGACAACUUGCUACAAGGUUGUUGAGCUCAAUAGACUUGUUACAAGUUGUUCCAACAACUUGUUAUCGUCCUGCAAUUCGACAAUUUGUCAACAAGUUGUGAGUGACAACCUUGUAGCAACUUGAUAAAAUAACAGCAUUGUUACAGCUUGUUGACAAGCUUGCUACAAGCCUGUUGCAAACACAUCUUGUUGACAAGCUUGCUACAAGCCUGUUGCGAACACAUCUUGUUGACAAGCUUGCUACAAGUCUGUUGCGAACACAUCUUGUUGACAAGCUUGCUACAAGUCUGUUGCGAACACAUCUUGUUGACAAAUUGCGAGGUUUUUACGUGUGUAAAAGAAUGUGAAUCCCAUCUAUAUUUAUUUUUCCUUCACAGAUCAAGAAAAUGAAUGAUAAAAUGUACACGCUGCUAGCUAUCUGCCUUUCCUUGUCACCCCAGGUACGUUGUUGGAUUGUAUUACUGAAAAGUUGAAAAACUUCUCAAAUGCUAUUGAUUAUUUUGUAAUUAUAGUGUCAAUUUUUUUGCCGUCCCUUGUCGGAUCUAUCAUCGUAUGAACACGAAGGUCCGGUGUUGGACCUAUAUUAAAUUUGGCGUUUAUUUUUUAGCGUAUUGAUGAGAAUGUCAACGCACAUCUUCGUGAAACUUACAAUGAGAAAAUGAUCAAACUUCAAAGAGGGUAUGACAGUUUAUGAAUUAAAUUCAACACAAACAUUUUUUCUAACUACCUAUUGUAUGAUGCUUGUGAUGUUACUCUGAGUGUAUAUCCACACCGGGCAAGCUUGAAAAAUAUGCCUGACCACGGUGGGAAUCGAACCUACGACCUUUGGAAUACUAAGCUUGCCCGGUGUGGAUAUACACUCAGAGUAACACCACAAGCAUCACAUUCACCUGAGUACAUUACACCGACACAGAAAAAGUCAUACUUAUUGUAUAUUCGUCUUUCUAGUGACCUUGGUUUACUCGAGGAAAUGUUCUCAUUUGCAUGUCCGAAGUUCGUCACUCCGUCAGCGCCGAACUAUGAUGCAGCACCGGGAAAAUAUCACCGGGUAAAAGACCAUUCAAGAUUAUAAUCAGUAUUCAUCCAUUCGCUGCCUAACUACUAUAGCCUCUAACUUAUGUAUUUGAUGAGUAUUGUAAAUGGAAAUUGUCGAGUGGAAGUUUAUGUACAUUUAUUAGACCUAACCAGGAACAGAAGCGAAAAGUGCAACUUUAGGUCCCUGGCAGGAAUUGAACCUGAGAUUCCGGUGCAGUGUUCUAACCAACUGAGCUACAGAGGCCAGUUGUCGAGCUCUAACCACAAGUUCAUGUAUAUAUACUGGGGUACUGCCAUGUAUAGGUUAUGGGUAAAUAUCACGAUUUCUGUGGCAUCUCAUUCGAAUGAAUAGUUUUUUAUGGGUAUUGUAGGUUCAAUUCCUGUCAGGGAAUCCUACAUAUGGUAUUGUUAGAUUUAUUGUAUUGAUUGUUUUUUCUUGACUGUUUUAGGAGGCAUUCGAUAUCCAAUUGAAGAAUUUUCUUCAAGAAAUGAGACAGCAGUCACUGAUUCCGAUCAUACGAAGGUAAAUUUUAACACUUGAAAAAUUAUGAAACAGUGGAUUCUUCUAAAUUGUGACGAUGCGUGAGUAAAUUUAUCCAUCCUCUUGUAGUUACCUCAAGUUAUAUACGACAAUGCCAAUAACAAAAUUGGCCGCGUUCCUCGACAUGGUAAGUUAAGAUACGCAUGGUUAUCCAGGAUUUUUUUCAGGGAUUUUUUAGGACCGUAAAACGGUCCCAAAAACUCAGUCUUGAAUUGAGUUUUGAAACUCAAUUUUCUCACCAAAAGUUUCAGUGCAGUAAAAAUGAAGUUGUUUGAGUUAAAUUCUUGACGUGUGCAAAUUAGUUUCAGUUGGAAACCCAACAAUCAGGAAAAAAUGGCUGGAAUUCAUUUCACAACACAAGAAAAACAACGCAUUCGCCAUCUUUAACCAGUUUAUAGUGUCUGCUUUAACAUAUUGCGUCUCAACUACACUUAUUGGGUACAGGAGUCAGCCUCCCACAGCUGCCCCAGACCCCCAGCUGUUCAGGUAAACUCAAUCUUCUCUGCAAAAACGGACCCAAGAGAUAAUCCUGAAAAAAAACCUGUUAUCUAAGCAACCCUUAAUUGUGGUUAUAUCAGAAGUAAUGGUACCUCAAUGUUUUAUUUUUUUAAGGAUGAAGAAACACUUCGGACUCAACUUCUGUGCUACAAGGCAAGUAACUGUCCCAGACUUGUGAACAACAAAAAAUAUCACGGGAAAAUGUCUGUGUGUGUUUGAAAACUUAUUGUAUUUUAUCUUUAUUUAGCAUAAACAACGUCAUCUCACGUGGACAAAAGGCCCGGAUGCUUUAGAAGGAGAAUUCCAGUCAUCUUCCGACGUUGACUUCUAUAUCGAAAAUGUUAGUAUUUUUUACUGGGUAGCUCUAUCAGUUCUAAACUGUUCUCCCUAGAGGUCUAGUAAGGAUCAUCACUUAUUGAUCCAGUGUUACUACAGGAGGAAACCUAAACUAAACUAACUUUAUUUAUACUGGAUAGCUCUAUCAGUUCUAAGCUGUUCUCCCUAGAGGUCCAGUAAGGAUCAUCUCCUAUUGAUCCAGUGUUACUACAGGAGGAAACCUAAACUAAACUAACUUUAUUUAUAUUGGAUAGCUCUAUCAGUUCUAAACUGUUCUUCCUAGAGGUCCAGUAAGGCUCAUCUCUUAUUGAUCCAGUGUUACUACAGGAGGAAACCUAAACUAAACUAACUUUAUACUGGAUAGCUCUAUCAGUUCUAAACUGUUAAACUGGAAGCACUCUUCUCUCGUUUUAGGAUAUGAUUCAUAUCGCAGACACUAAAGUUGAGCGAGGAUAUGGAAAUUUCUUCAUCCGACAAAUCAUAAAAUUCGAAGAGGUUCGUUGCUGCUAUUUAGCCUAUUUUUUGCAUUUUGUGUUUAAUUUCAAUAAUUACUUCAUGUUAAUUUUCGUUCUUCUAGCUUGGUCAAACAUUGACAGCUGAUCGUUACUAGAGAUUUGUGUGCAACCUUGUCGUUGGAUAUAUAUCUUACAUGUAAAAAAUAAAAGAAUCAUGUAUUAAAAUUAAAAUGCUAUCAAUUCUGAUGUGUUUGUUUCUAUGAUGGAUAAUGAAAACUGUC